UACGGAGUAUUAUUAUUUUUGAAUUUUGAAUGUUCUUCACUUUCAUCCUCUCCUUCCCCUCCUCGUCUUCCUCUACACGUACUGGGUUUGCAACUUCCGUCCUCACUCGAUUCAGUCCACCGGCGCACCGCAACUCAUCUCCGGCCUCCUUCGCCGCCGCGGGGCUCGAUCCAUGUGUCUUGGCAGCUUCCCGAUCAUCCUGCACCAUUUGUUUGGAAUCGACGCCGAAAACUUAACUUCGAAGAAGCGGAGUGUUGCAUCGAUCUCACGAUUUUUCAGGUUAAGGUUUCAUUUGAUGAAGAUUUGUUGUAGUGAGAGAAGUCUCACUUCUGGGAUGCCUAGGAAGAGAUUGUUUGGUUAUAGUAAUGAUAAGUUUCAUGGAUCCCCAUCUAACCUCAAGAAACAAAAGAUUAAUGUUACCUCUAAUUAUCCUGAAUAUUUUGAUUCCUGGCAUACAAGUACUGGGACUGUUGUCCUAGCCCUGCCUUCAACAAAUCUUCCACACAUCAAAGAGAUUGAUGCUUCUAAGCCAAGAACAGACAGCAAGGGAGUAGAUUCGCCAGCCACUCUGAAGGGGACAAAUUCAUAUAAUGUGGCAGCAAGUGAAGACUCUGGAGAUUCAGAACAGAAUCUAGUGAUUAGUCCCACUUUAAGUAAUGGUUCUGCCUCAGGGUAUGUUAACAUUGCUCCCACAAAUGAGGGUUCCCCAGUUGACCAUCGCAAGCGAGUCUUGGAUGUUUUGGAACAUUUCAAACAAGUGUACAACAAGUUUUUGGAAGAAAUCAAAGGCGAUUCAGUUGGAUCUGCAAAAGGAGGUGUGCCAAUGAAAGCUGCAUCUUUCCUAAAGAAACAACGAAAAUGGUUACAAGACAAACCAACCUUUGGCGAUAUUCCCGGGGUUAAGAUUGGUGACACCUAUCAAUUUAGGGUGGAACUUGUGAUUGUGGGACUCCAUCUCCAAUAUUUUGCCGGCAUAGAUUAUACAGAUUUGGAUGGAAAACUCCAUGCAACUAGUGUUGUGGAUUCUGGUCCGUAUAAAUAUGAGGUUAUAUCUCUUGACACACUCAUCUAUGUUGGUUCAUAUAAGAAAGUAGAUGAUCAAAAGCUUGAGAAGGGUAAUCUUGCCUUGAAGAACUCCAUGGAUGCAAAGCUUCCUAUAAGAGUUAUCUGUCUUCAAAAAACUCUAGGUAUGAGUGGCCAGGGAUACACUUAUGCAGGGUUGUACACUGUGAGCAACUAUAAGCAAGAAAGAGACCGAAGGGGCAACUCGGUGUUCAAGUUUGAAUUGCGUAGACUUCCUUCGCAGCCAAAUCUUACUCUCCCAAUGGUUUGGGACUGGGAGCCAGUAGAAUUGACUGAAAGAGAAGGUGGUAUUAACAAUCGAGUUGUGGUAGAUGAUGUGUCACAAGGGAAGGAUAAGUUUCCCAUUCCUGCAGUGAAUGAUAUUAAUGAUGAAAAACCCCCAUCUUUUACUUACAUAACCAAAAUGGUAUAUCCUUGUUGGUUUCAUUGUCCUUUGCCAAAGGGUUGCAACUGCAAAAGUGGAUGUUCAGAUUCAAAGCCAUGUCCAUGUACACGUAGGAAUGGAGGUGAGAUUCCAUUCAACAAUAGCGGUGCUGUACUUAAAGCAAAGCAAGUUAUCUACGAGUGUGGUCCAUCUUGCAAAUGUCCCCCUUCCUGCAAUAAUAGAGUUGGCCAAAAUGGUCCACAAUAUCAAUUGGAAGUUUUCAAAACCAAGUCUAGAGGAUGGGGUGUCCGAUCACGAGAUUAUAUCUCUUCGGGAAGUUUUAUAUGUGAAUUUCUUGGAGAGCUGCUUGAUGAGAAGGAAGCUGAAAAAAGAAUAGACUGUGAUGAAUAUCUCUUCGAUAUUGGUAACUAUGAUAAAGGAGAGGAUACUAAUAUCGUUGAUAUUCGCAGAAAGGAUAGUGAUGGAUUCACGGUUGAUGCAGCCCAAUUGGGAAAUGUGGGGAGAUUCAUCAACCAUAGUUGUUCACCCAACCUUUAUGUGCAAAACGUGUUGUUUGAUCAUGAUGACAAGAGAGCCCCUCAUUUAUUGCUGUUUGCUCAAGAGGAUAUACCACCUUUCCAAGAGCUAACUUACGACUAUAAUUACAAGAUGGAUCAAGUUCGGGAUGCAAAUGGAAACCUCAAGAAGAAGAACUGCUAUUGUGGGUUUCCCGAGUGCACCGGAAGAAUGUACUAAGGAAGGUUCCUUUCUUAAGAUCCAUCAUACUGUGCCAAUCUCAUGCAUUGUAAGUGGUCUGAGUUUCCUCUCAGGUAAAGAUAAUAUAGUGUAGGAAAUGUACUCACUUUUGCACUUAUCUAUAGAUAGAACAAAGAUAUCUACACUCUCAUUAGGGUUUUUGGAGUCUUUUUGGGUUCUAUUUUUUGUAAACAAGUUUUGCAAUAUUGAUGACACAUUUUGAGUACCCUUA